AUGUUAUCCCAAUUCUCAAACAUCUUUGCUUCAAACACCACUGAAAAGACUGAAACAUUAGAUAAUUUGGAAAUCCUUAAAACCAAAAAUAUUCUAUCCAACUUGCCUUCUCACAUCAUUGAAUCCAUAUUAUCGAAACUACCAUUCCCUAAAUUGUUUCUCCUCGCUUCUUCUACCGACCAGUUGCUCAAAUACUUGGCUUUAAAUCUCACUUUUAAAAAAGUAACCCUUACUGAAUUACACCAAAAACCCACUGAUAUUAAUAACAAUUGUUUAAGAAUAAACUUUUCUUAUCUUUACUUAUUUGAACAAUAUUUAUCCCAUUUCCUCACUCAUUUGAAAAUAGAAAUUCUUUUACUAGACCAAACUUUUGAAAAAAUUCAUCAUGAUCCAAUAACUAAACCAUUCAAGUUUUUAAAAAAAAUCAAUUUUGCAAUUUACUUUUAUGAUUCCAAUUCAUACAACACUCUUGAACAGCAGAAAUUGUUACGUUUGGAUAUUCAUGAAAAAGCUACCUCAAUUAUAAACCAUACUUUGCAAUUGCCCAAUUCCAAUAACAUGCCUAAUAUAUCUAAUAUAUCUAAUAUAUCUAAUAUAUCCCAAAACAAUACCUCCCAGAAUUCAUCAACAGACUCUUUAUUCAACUAUAAACAUUUCAACCUCAAAAAUAAACUUAUCGACUCAAUGCAAUUUUUAUCUGAUUGCUCUGGUUUAUCAACUUUAAACUUGACCCACAACAAAAUUACUAAAAUUGAUCAUUUGUCAAAAUCAACAAAUUUAAUUAUUUUAAACUUAUCUUUCAAUUAUAUUAGAAAACUAAAAAAUCUUUCCCACUUAACUAAUCUAUCUACACUAAAAUUAUCUUACUGCAAUAUUGUCAAAAUUGAAAACUUGUCAAGCCUAUAUAACUUGAAACAAUUAUCUUUAAAUGGUAACUUCAUUAGCGAAAUUGAAAAUUUAUCUUCUCUAAAAAAUUUGAUUAUUUUAAACUUGGAACAUAAUAAAAUCAAUAAAAUCAAAAAUUUAAGCAAAUUGACCAACUUGGUAUCUUUGAACUUAGCAAACAAUUUAAUAAAAAAUAUUGAAAAUAUCGAUAAAUUAUCAAAUUUGAUAAAAUUAGAUUUAUCAAAGAAUAGAAUUUCUCAAAUUGCAAACUUGAACCAAAAACACCUAAUUAUACUAGACUUGUCUUUUAAUGUGCUUGAAAAAAUAGAAAAUCUAGCGAAUUUAACUAAUUUAUUCAUGCUAGAUCUUUCCAAUAAUGUAAUUUCCAAACUAGAAAACUUGGAUCAGCUACAAAGUUUGCGUAGAUUAUAUCUAUCUAAUAGCAAGAUUGAAAAAAUUCAAAACUUAUCAAAAUUAAAUAAUUUGAAAGUUCUAUCUUUAAGCCAAACAAAAUUAACAAAAAUUGAAAAUUUGAAUGAAUUAAAAAACCUAAAACAUUUGGAUUUGUCUGAUAAUUCUAUCAACAAGAUUGAAAAUUUGCAAAAAUUAACAAAGUUGGAAACUUUAGACCUAGCAGAGAAUUUUAUCAGCACUAUUGAAAAUUUGAGAAAGCUAAAGAAAUUAACUUUUUUGGGCUUUUCAAGUAACUAUAUUAAAAAGAUUCAAAAUCUCUCAUCAUUAAAAAACUUGGACCUUAUAGAUUUAUCAAAUAAUAAUAUCAAAAAAUUAAAAAAUCUCAAGAAGCUUACAAAGUUGCGUGAAAUAAAUCUAUCAUAUACAAAUGUUAAAAACAUCGAAUACUUGCGAAAAUUAAAAUCUUUGUCACAAAUAAGACUAUCAGAAAGCAAUCACAAAGCUUUAAAAAACAUAAAAGAAUUAAAAAGUUUGUCACAUUUAAAGAUUAAACUAAGAUCAACUACUACUGCAGCAAAAGAAACACCAUUUUUGCCAUGUUCUAGGUUUGAACUUUCCAUUUAGUAAAACAGUGG